AGACGGCAAGGUGCAGCGCUGUAUGUCGACUGUAUUGACCUACCCUAGAAACACUCUCCUCCCUCUCUUCCUCCCACCUCCAUCCCCAUCCGUGCACGCACAGGCGGUGUGCUGUGGCAUAGUGAGGGACGGCAAGGUGCAGUUCCACCCCAAGGACUCUGAGCCGGUGCAGCGCACCGAUAAGCUCUCAAGCACACACACCGCCACCCUCCCUCCGGUGCUAAUGCUGCAGGACAGCGCUGAAGCACACGCACGCACCGCCACUCCCCUCCAGCACUCAUGCUGCAGGCAGGACAUCACAGAUCGGGCAGAAGCAGGAGAGCAACUGGGUGGGAGUAGAUUUCCUCCGUCCCUCUCUAGCGAAUUCUCAUUCUUGCUCCUCCUUCUCUGGUCUCCGCCUCCCUUCCCCUCCACAUCCCACCACCAGUUGAUGCUGAUAGCUCUGAAGCACACGCACCGCCACCCCCCACCAGCACUCAUGAUGCAAGCAGCGCAGAUCAGGCAGAAGCAAGAGAGCAGCCGAGGGGGGCGGGAGGGGCGGGGGGGUGGUUCGAGUGAGGGGAUGGUCCGGGUGCACAGGGACUCGGCGCUAAAGACAAGAGAUGCCGGCCAGUUCAAGCCCAACGAGCCGGCUGCACGAGCGGAGCGCAUGGUGAUGCUUGGAUGGAGGACGGGUGUCCCGGACAUGAUCCGCGAGUUUGACGACUAUGUGGGGCCGGGCAGCGAGUUGGUCAUUCUGGCGGAGGAGAGCCUGGAGGAGCGCGAGAGGCAGCUCGCCAGGAUGCUGCGCACGCCCCUCAGGAACCUCACGGUGGUGCACAAGGUGGGCAAUCCCAUGAGUCGCACAGAUCUGACAGAUGCCAUUCUGGACCCCGGCAGUGUGUUCCACCCCUUUGUGUCCGCCGGGGGAGACAUGUUCUUUGACAACGUGCCCUUCUCCAUUAUUGUCGUCUCCGACCGCUCCUGGCACCACGGAGAGCGCACCAAGCCGGACAAGCAGUCGCUGUACUCGCUGCUACUAGCAGAGUCGGUGUGCCGUGCCAACAAGAUCAAGGUGCAGUCUUUGAACGCGGAGCUGGAGGACAACCGGCUUGGACGGGAGGUGGUGGGCAGCCAUCCAUCGCUCACCUACAUCGGCACGUCUGACCUCAUGGGGCUAGUUACCUCACAAGUGACGGAGCAUGCGGAGCUGAACGCUAUCUGGACAGAGCUGCUCAACUCAUGGGGAGAUGAAAUCUAUGUCAAGGACGCGUCCCUGUAUGUGAGUCCAGGGGAGACCCCAACCUUCAACGAGCUGGCGGAGAGAGCGGUGCAGCGCGGGGAGGUGGCGAUCGGGUAUCGGCGUGGCGACACCACAGUCAUCAACCUGUCAUUUAUGGAGGUCUACACCUCUCUACUGAGAAAAAUUAACCAUGCAUUCACCCACCCCAACCCCAACCCCACCCACCAGGACGCGUCCCUGUAUGUGAGUCCUGGGGAGACCCCAACGUUCAACGAGCUGGCAGAGAGGGCAGUGCAGCGGGGAGAGGUGGCCAUCGGGUACCGGUGCGGCGACACCACAAUCAUCAACCCGUGCCCCAAGGACGUUCCGCUCGAGUUCGGCCCAGAAGACAGCCUCGUGCUCAUUUCUGAAUACGGCUAA